AGUACCAAAAAAAAAAAAGACCAAAGAAAGUUUUCCCUUGGUCUCUGACCAGUCUUUUUGUAAGAUGUCUCCCCUUCACAACCCUUUCUGACUCCUCCAUUAAUGCCAAACAAAGAAUUCAUCUUUCCCCUCAUUAUUUGAUCCCAACAAAAAAAUUUUAUAAAAUAAUAUAAAAAUCCCAUCUUUAUAAUUUUCUUCCAUCUCCUUUCAGAAUGGCCAACAAAUUGAAAAAGCUUCCUAAUUUCCUCAACAAAUCCCCAUGGCUAUGGAGAUCUUGCACCCAAUCAAGAACCCUCUCUUUUCGUCACCCUAACGACAUCUUCCGAACCAUCAACUUAACCUACUACGACGACGAAGAUGAAGACGAAGAACCCCCACGAGUCGACAUGUCGAAUAAUGAUGAUGAUAAUGAGGACCAAAUUGAGGCCUUGGUAAGAGGGUUAAGGCUAAGGCAAGGGAAUAAGAGGCUAUUUUUGGAGCUUGAUGAGACAAAUUCCAUAAUGACGGCGGCAACGGUGGCGGUAACGACGAGGACGGUGGCAGGAAACUGCCAAGUUCCAUUCAAGGAGAGUGUGGCAAUGGCAAUGGAAUCUAAAGAUCCAUAUUUGGACUUCAAGAAGUCAAUGGAAGAAAUGGUGGAAGCUCAUGGAUUGAAGGAUUGGAAAGGGAUGGAAAGGCUUUUGAGUUGGUAUUUAAAGGCUAAUGGGAAGCAAAAUCAUGAGUUAAUUAUUGGUGCUUUUGUGGAUUUAUUGGUUGAUCUUGCUUUUGCUUCUUCUUCUUCUUCUUUCACUAAUAAUAAUUCUCCUUCUCCUUCUUCUUCUUCUAGUUCUUCCUCUCUUUUGUGUUCUUCUUGUUCUUCUACCUCUCCUAAUUCUUCUUCGUGUUCUUGUUCUUCUUUCAGAGCUCCUCUUUCGAUAAUAUCGUCGAGCUCCGUAGAAAUUAUGAAGGAUAUUGUCGAGUCGAAUUGUAGUAGUUCUUCUUCUUUGAUUCAUGAUGUUUCUCCUCCGUGUCUCUCUUCUUUGUAUGAAGAUGAGGAAGGGGAUGUUGAAGAAGGUUUUUAAUUAUUUAAUUAUUAACUACAUCAGUGAUAUUCAUAUUCCUUUUU